AUGGCUUUACCCAACAACGAGGCCCAGAGUGUGGUGGCUUUUCUCAAGAAGAAUAUCUUCACUUGGUUUGGCACCCCUAGAGCAAUCAUCAAUAAUGGAGGUUCUCAUUUCUGCAAUAAGGCAUUUGAUACUUUGCUUGCAAGGUAUGGUGUCAAUCACAAGGUUUCCACUCCUUACCAUCCUCAGGCUAGUGAGGAAGUUGAGUCUGAAGUUGGACCGCUGACAACGCUCCAUUUUCUGAGGUCAGCGGUGGCCUUAUUGCGGAGGCGUAAUUUGGUGGCGGACGCGGGAUUGAAAAAGAAGGCCUUCUGUUCAUCGGCAGCGCAGACUGCGGUGAUUUUCCGCGGCCCCUCCAGAGGUGGUGGUGAGAAACAAAAGGGGAAAGCAGAAUCCUCCCGUGGUAGGGGACGAGGACAAAUUAAGUUAACCCCAGCAGUCCGACAAUCAAUUGGGAAGAUGCAAAAAAAAUCAAAGCCGCAAACAGAGCUGCAUCCCAUUCCGAGGGGAGUGAGUAUGUUCCCUCCAGGAGGCCUCAGAGAGUAG